AUGAAAAGAGUCUCUAUAGCACCAUCCUCUUUAAGGAGGAAGUCCACUGUGAAUCAAGACAGAUUAUCCACGGAAAGAGAGGAGUCCGAAAGGCUUGACCAAGAGACCACCCUCGUUUUACAACAAAUUGACCGCAGUAUCUCACGUGUCAAUUUUAUAAUCAAUGAUCGAAUUAUACCUGCAAUUCGUGGUUACAAUGAAGGAUGUGAUAAGGUUUGGGCAAAUUCGGGAUUUUGGAAACGAUUUUUUGAGAAUGCUGCAAAUGUUGCUUUAGAUACUUUUGAGGAGCCAAUAAAUCCACAAGUUGCUACACCCAACUCUAGAGCCAGCUUUGGAAAUAAUAACGAGAAAGUGGCUGGUGCUGAACAAUCUAGUCAGGCUGAUAGACGUACUGUUGCUGGGCUGAGGACCGAAGAAUUGAGACGUACAAAUUUGGAUGAGGAGGAUUCUCUUACAUGGUCAGUUCAAGGCAGCCAACCUCGAAACAAAGUUCAAUCGUCUACACCACAGAGAACAAAAGCAAGAGAUCGGAUUAGUGAACUUGCACAAUUAACGGAUAGCAACUCUCUUAUUCCUCCAACGUUAAUAUCUGAAACACCAGGAAAUUUGCAAUCACCAUCAAAAGUGCUAACAAUAAGACAAUCAGGCGAUAAUUAUCAUAGGAUGUCAAUCUCUCCAAGAAAAGAUUCAGCCAAAAGAAAGCGAAGCUCAUUGAUCGAUCAGUACAUAAAUUCAUCCCCUACGAUCCCUCAGCCGCCAGUAUUGUUGUCGGAAAUAGGAAACGAAACUCCCAGACUGAUCCUACGCACCUCAGGGCAACAAGAAAAUAUUGGAAGUCUGCUGCAAAGGAGGAACACUCCUGGAAAUAGGACAAAUGAUAUUAGCUCCAGCGCUCGUCGUACACCAUCACGAAGACUCCAAAUUGCACCGCUUAGCUAUGCAAAUGGUUUGGAACCACCGAUUUCCAACGAUUCGCAAUCAGAAAUACCAACGAGCCAGCAUGUGGAUGAUGCGCCACCUCCUUUGCCCCAACUAAGCACAAUGGAAAUGAGUUCUACCAGAUCAGUAGAAGAAGUACCAAACAAAAGAAGAAGAGUUUCACAGGCAGGAGAAAGUUUUGAUGUUGAGAAUGUAUUCUUGGAGAAGAAUGGGGAAGGGAGAAGGUCAAACACAGGAACCUUAUUUUCAAAUAUUGUUGAGCCUGAACUUAGAAUUCCUAAUACAAAUGAAUAUAGAUCUCCAGAUCUGAAUGUAGAAGCUGCCGAGAAGGCAACUGGUGCUGAUGAACAAGUGACGCGUGCAACUGAAGAACCGGUCGUCACUGAUAGAACGAAUCAUGUAUCGCCAAAAGUGACAUCUAAACCAAUCGAACCAAGCGAUGAUGAUUUUGAAGAUCUUAGUGAAUUGGGACCAUUGCGUGCAAGAUUAGAAAGGCUUAGAGAAAAAGCACGCUUCUUUGGAAACAAGUAG